AUGGAGGGACUUUUCACAUUGCUCAUCUUGAGCAUUGUGAUGGCAAUUACAUCCUUCGUCGUCGGCUCAUUACCACUGGCCUUCAAGCUUUCUCCUUCCCAGUUGCGACUAAUCUCCUCCAUUGGCAUGGGGGUUUUGGUUGGGACAUCCUUGAUUGUAAUUAUACCAGAGGGCGUGGAGACUCUUUACAGCGCGGAUGCGACUAUUCAACGCAGAGACCUUAGCCGCCGCUCAGUCUCUUUCCCGGGUUCGCAGCAACAACCAAUCAUUCCUGUCAUCACAACGACCUCUUCCAACCCGGACGGGGAAGAAAACAACUGGCAUGGAGCACUUGGCUCCCCCGUCAAAACUACCAUACAUGUUACACGCAAUCUGCCGGUCGAGCUGCAGGAACGAAAGGAGGAGACGUCAGGUGAAGGGUCGGAGGAUAAGCACAAUGAAAAUAGCUCCCCGCAUGCUUGGAUUGGUAUUGCUCUUAUCAGUGGCUUCAUUCUGAUGUAUUUGAUCGACAAAAUCCCCGAGUUUGCGACCCCGCCUAAACCACCGAGAGCACCUUAUCAUAUUUCUUUAGACAACCUGGGCUCUGGACUGCGUCGAAACUCGUCACCCUCUCGGGAAGGUGGACUUUUGGAUGCCGCCAACAUCCCUCGCAGCAGUCACAGCUUUGCAACAACUACAGGGCUCGUGAUCCAUGCGGCCGCGGACGGGAUCGCCCUAGGAGCAUCAAGUUCCGACACGGGCUUAAGUUUUAUUAUUUUCUUGGCCAUCAUGGUCCAUAAGGCCCCAGCAUCUUUCGGGCUUACAUCGAUUUUGCUUAAACAGGGCCUAUCUAGUCGUGCUGCGAGAGCCCAUCUGUUGAUAUUUAGUCUAGCGGCCCCGGUAGGGGCUCUGGCGACUUUCUUAUUUGUGCAUCUAUUGGGAUCGGGAUCCAGCCCCGACGAAACAGGUGCUCGUUGGCGGACGGGGGUGCUGCUUCUGUUUUCAGCCGGUACCUUUUUGUACGUGGCGAUGCACACCAUGCAGGAGCAUGGCCCCACUGCACGAGAGCCGCCGGUCAAUGGCUACGGAGACCCUCGAGACAUCCCAUCGAAAUCCGACAAGUCGAUGAGGGACUUGGUUGCUUCUGUAGUGGGCAUGGUGUUGCCGCUGUUUCUCCAAAUCGGGCAUGCCCACUAA